UCCUUUUAUUUUUUUUCUUUAGAUUACUUCGACUUUACGAAGGUAGACAAUUUCGUGAAGCAGCAGCAUUUCUGAUGAAAUUACCGCAGUAUACUUUAAAAACAGCUUUACCGGACAUUCCAAUAGAUUUGUUGAUCGAAACUUUACCACACAGCUUAACUUUGCUCGAAGCUCUUUAUUGUAGACUCGUAGAAUUAAAUAUCACUGAUACGAAGAUCCUAAGAAUAGAACAAGUUCUUUGGAGGGUGGUACAAUUAUUGUCGAAUAAUCAGGAUCAUGUACGCCCAAGGAUUUGGUGUAAAUUGUUGACGUCUUUAAAUAGAUUGUCACCUAAUACGAAGAAUAUAUUGAUGUCGAGAAAAAAAGCUAUUGAAAGAGCAGUCGAAGGACUUGGGAAACAUGGUUUAGUAUCUUCUAAUUUGGAAAGUUCAGCUAAUUCAACUAAUUCGAAUUUGGUACCACUUCCUGUUGCUCUUAGAGAGCAACUCGAGUCACGUAUCGAAGCGUACAAACUCGCACUUCACAAAUUAGAAAGUUUUGGAAAAAAUACGGGAGUUCAUAAAGUGGAUCAAAGCGUCCAAGCUGCAUCGCACCAGCGCCAACUUUCGCUGAAGUAUAGUGAAGUUCAACAGAGAUUAAUAGACAACCAAAGCCUAUUGAAUACAUUGGAGAAAGCUGGUAAUCCGUACAAUCUGGAAAGUUUGUUGGUAGAGUUAAAACGUCGAGUUGAACACGAUAAAGAAGCUUUAAGACAAUGGACGGCUUUGAGAAAAUCUAUUGGUUUAGCUGGGAUUAAAAAUCCAACAUUGGCAGCUAAUCUAUUACAAUUUUCUAAUGGUUGUUCUUUAAUUUUACAACUUAUCUGUGACGAGGGUUCAUCGACGGAGAAGAUAUAUCAUUCACCAAUACAUUAUGAGAACGAGUAUGAAGAAGAAUCUUGUAGUACUGGAUAUCAUACUGACGAAAGUCGAACACCGGAACCGGUAGUAGUAGUUGCAAACAAAAGACAUGAACUUUUCAAAACGGAAGAAAACUUUCAAGUGUCGAUUUCCGACGAUUUACCGGUUGAACGUUUAUCCAAACGAUAUGGGAUGUUGUAUGCACAGGCACAUUUACAUACUCUUGAUGCUCUAGACACUUUACGUCCUCUUGAUGAUGCACCUGAAUUAAAAGCUAAGAUACUUUAUUCUGUAGUCGUGUUAUCAUGGAGGUUAGCUGGAAUGAUCCAAACAUACAGACGUAUAGAAGCAUUGAAUAUUUUAAAUGGUACAACUAGCGGUGUACCAUCAGUAGCAAAUAUCGAGGAAUGUAUAAUAAGACAAUUAGCUACCAGUGGUGCACAUAGUGGUAUACAGGAAGUAGCUGAACAAGUUAUCAAUCAACUGGAAAGAACGCUCUACGAUUUACCCUGUUUAAAAGAAUGCAUGGAAAUAAAAAGAUAUACUUCCAUGUGCGCUAGCUUAGCAUGGGUUUGUUUGGCCCGUGGUACGCCCCUGGUAUUGGACGUGGCACAGGAUAUCGAAUUUCGAAGGGAAGUUCAUUCAAGGCAUCACAGUUCUCCGAAUCCAAAUGGAACGAGAAUAAAAUCGGUAUUAUGGCCAGGUUUACGAGAAGGUUACCAAGGUUCUUGUCUUCACAGAGCUGUUGUUAUAACCGUAUAACAAUAUAUGGUUAAUUAACAAUAAAACGGGGACUUUUUAAAGGGAGACUUUUGUUAUUAACGUUAUAUACGAAAUAACAUGCACACAUACAUACAAUGCGAUAUGGGUUACAUAUUGAAAGAAACCAUAUCAAAUUUUUCGUACCUUAAUAAUAAUUAAGAUCAAACACUAUACUAACUUCUUAUAUAUUAAGAAACUUGUGUGUGUGACGAGAAAGUUUCCAUCAAAAAGGAAACACAAAUAAAUAAAUAUAUAUAUAUUACAUACUUUAAC